AUCAUAAUUGACAAUCAUUAGAUCGGACACGUGACGUGCACGCUAUAUCGUAGACGAAAAUUUUCUCGUCAAACUUCAUUCCAAUCACUGAAAAAUGGCGCUUUUCUGUGGAGCGUAAAGCUCGUCCAUGCUGAUUCCGACAACAAAACCUGGUAAUGAUACCUUAGUCCACAUAGCUUUGGUCGCUGUAAUAAUAAUAAUUUAAAUACGCACACCAAGAUGUCUCGUCCAAAGCACUAUGAGCCUGGAGACAAGGUUUUUGCCAAGAUGAAAGGAUGGCCCUUUUGGCCAGCAAGGGUUGAUGAUGUACCAGAAGGUGGUGUCAAGCCACCACCAAACAAAUAUCCAAUAUUCUUUUUUGGCACACAUGAAAGUGCUUUCAUGGGAUUUAAGGACCUGUAUCCAUACAAGGAAUUUAAAGAGAAGUUUGGCAAACCCCACAAACGCUUUGAAGCAUUCAACAUUGGCCUAUGGGAAAUAGAAAACAACCCCCAUGUCAAGUUCCAUGGAUUACAUCCUGGAUCUUCUACUGAUGAUGAGGCAGCUGAUGGAGCAGUCAAGACAGAAGGAGAUGAGAUAGAUAUGGAGGAGGAAGAGGAUGAUUCUGAUGGUGGUUUGGUUGUAGAUGAAGGAGCAAAGAAAUCAAAACCAAAGGAGAAGAAACAGUCUCAACCAAGAAAAAGAAAAGCAAGUGGAGAAACUAAAAAGGCCAAACCAAAGAAAUCUCGCAGAUCAUCAGGCAGUGUGAAAGCUCAACCUGUAACAGAUGUUGAAAUAGAUGAAACUGAUUAUGAUGCUACACCAUCAGAAAAUGACAGCAGUGGGGAGGAAUUUUCACCUAAACAAAAGAAGGGUCGGAAGUCAGAAGGUAAAGGUAGCAUGAUGUCAAAAUCUCAAGUGGACUCUGAAGAUGAUGAUGAUGAGGAGGAGGAGGAAGUCAAAUCAGACAAAGACUCGAAUGAAGAGGAUGAUGAUUUUGAGAAGACUAAGAAGAGCAAAAAGAAAACACCUGCCAAGAAACAAACUCCAAAAGAGAAGAAACCCAGAGCAACUCCCAAAUCAAGUGCCAAAAAGAAGCCACCUCCUAAGCCAGCAUUAGAUUCAUUAAGUGAUACAUUGUCAAGUGACAGUGAACCAGACUUCCAUUCAUCCUGGAAGAAAAAAGAUGAAGAGAAAAAAAGGAAGAUUGAAGAAAUGAAGAAAAAGCAAGAACAAGAACAGCUAAAACAGAUGAGAGAAAGAGAACGUUUAGAUGAACAGAAAGAAAAACUUGAGAAGGCCAAAAAGAAGGAAGAGAAAAAGAAGAGAAAGUCUUCUGAGAGUGAAGAAAAAUUGAAGGCUGCAAAAGAAGAAUUGAUAGAAGAGGUGAAAAAAGAACCACAGUCAAGUGACGAUGAAAUCCAGAAAGAAAUAGCACCAAAGAAAAAAGAAAAGGGUGAAGGAAAUUUAAAACAAAAGAUUGAAUCCGAAGAGGAGGAAGAAGAAGAGGACCAAAACAAAGAUCAACAGAAUGAAGGUGAUGAUGAUAAGGAUGAAGAUUCAAAAGCUGACAGAAUGAAGCGAAAAGAAGAGAAGGAAAAGGAAAAAGAGCGGAAACGUUUGGAAAAAGAGAAGAGGAAACAGGAGGAAAAGGAAAAGAAGAAAGAAGAAAAGUUAAAGAAGAAACAAGAUGAAAAGAGAAGAGAAUUGGAGAUGAAGAAGAAGCGGGAAGAAGCUAAAAAGAAAGAAGAGGAGAGAAAGAAAGCUGAAGCCAAAAGGAAACAAGAAGAAAUGAAAAGAAAACAAGAAGAGAAGAGGAAAAAAGAAUUAGCUGCCUUCAAGGCAAAGGAACUUGAACGGAAGAAAGUAAAAGAAGGAUUUUUGAAAGACAAGUAUAAAGAAACCGAAGAAAAAAUUGAAACUUACCAUGUGAGCCUCAAGCAGUCACUUGCACUCGAUAAUCCAGAGCCAGCACGUAGCUUGCAGAUUAUGGCAAACAUCGACCAGAUAGUUGAUCGCUUGACACCUAGUCUUCUAAAAAAACAUGUUGACUUUGUGCAGACAAUAAAAAAGGUGCGUAAGUACAAGUCUAGUGAUGCAGUUCGCAAGAAGGCAGAAUAUCUCUAUAACAAGCUUAAACUAGUGUUUCUCAUGCAAGAUUCUGAGAGUGCGGCACAGCUUAAGAAAGAAAUGGAGAAUGAAUCAAAGAAGGCUUCUCAAACACCUAAAUCAGAUGAUAAAGAAAACAGACUUAGUGAGCCUGUGACUGAUAUGAAAACAGAUGAGAAAGAUAUGGUGAAUGAAAGCAAAGCAGAGCAAGCCAAGGAAAAUGGUGAUAUGGACACUAGUGAAGUUACAACAGAAAAAUCAGAACAGCAUGUCAUACAAACAGAUGAAGUCGAUAAAGAAUUGGCUCAAAAUGAAUCUGCUAACUCUACUGAAAUUGAUGGAAAGGAUGAAUAUGUUGACAUUGUACCGACUGAAGUAUCACCUAAUCCUGGAGAUGAUGUUUCAGAGCAGAAAGAGACUGACCAAGAACCAGCUGUGAAUGAAGAAUCCCAUGUAGAAAGUGUAGAUAACAAGGAGGAAACACAAGAACAAGAGCAAAGUCGAGAGGAGGAGGAGGAUAAAGAGAAAAGAAAGUCAAGUGAAUCACCAGAAAGUGCAUUUGGACGUGAUAUUUUUUCAGGAUCUAGUUUGGCAAGGGAUUUGUUGAAGCGGGCAGCAGAGGAAGGAUUAGUGAAUUUGGAUGGAGAAAAAUCAGAUGAAGUGGAGCAGGUUGAGGCUGAAGAGAAAGAGGAAGGUGAGAUAGAUGAUGAUGAUGAUGAUGAUGAUGAUGAUGAUGAUGAUGAUGAAGAUGGCGAUGGGGAUGAUAUGGCUUUAGCAACUCCUGAUAAUGACAGUGAUGAUAUGGAGCUUGAAACUCCUGAAGAACAAACUGUUGAAAAAGAGAAACAGCCUGAAGAAACUGAGGAAGAAACUGAAGAAGAAUCAAGGCUAGGAGAAGAUUGGUGGGAGCGUGCUCGUUCAUUGCUUCAGUCUAGGCAAGGAUUUGAAACUAUUGACCAGAGCAAGUCAAAAGAUGGUGUUAAAAAGAUCAGUGGGACCAGUAAUCUUCCAUUGCCAAGCACAGACUCUUCAAACAAAAAGAAUGAGAGCCGUCAACAUAGAUGGGAAAGCUCCAGAACGGAAUCUUCAAAGCAUAAGCGAGAAUCAUCCAGAUCAAUAUCUGCAGUAUAUGGCAGUGCAAACAGGAAAGCACACAGCAGUAUUCCUCCAGAGUAUGGCAAAGCUUUGAAGAAGCAAGACUCAGAUGAUGAUGAUGAUGAGAUUCCUCCAGAGUAUGGACAAGCAAACAGGCAUCAAAAUGUUGAUGACGAUGAUGAAGUGGAUAAUGAUGAUGUCCCUCCAGAGUAUGGCAAAGCUCUACGUCAGCAGUCCGAUUCAAAGUCUUCCUCCUGGAAGAAGGCACCUGUUUCUGUGCCUCAGGAUGUUCAGAGGAUACCUGUUUUAGGUGCUCCAUCUUACCCAGUGAUACCACACCAACCUAUCCCACCUCAUGGUGAUGACAUGGACAUCUCUGAUGGGGAACAAGAACAAGACAGGCCCAAGGACAAAGACCAUGCAUUUAGUGAUGACUGCAUGGACACAGACUCUGAUUGACAUGCAAAGAUCUCCUAUACAGUUGGUGUGAUGGCUGCUACCUGAUCACAAUGGUACUCACCUGUCAGUAUACGGAUCAAGAAUUAUCAUAGACAACGACCUGUAAACAUGAGAUCUCAUUAAAUGGUGUGUUUUUUUUAUAUGAAAGAGUUUCUACUGGAUUUAGCAGCUCUUGUUUUUUAAGUUGUUUAUUUACAAUGUAUUUCCUUGUGGUGAAGAUAGUAUUCAUUUGCUUCACAGACCUUUGAACAUUGGCUGGAAAUAAGUGAGCCGCUUUUGCAGCUACCCAUUUGGUAAUAGCAUGAAAAAGUUAUUCAUUGAUAUAUUCAUAACUUGAUACUCUCCAGAGAGUAUGAUUUUGUAGAAUCUGGAAAUGCUAUGUAGACAUCUGAUAAUUCAAGGAAUCAGACUUCUGAUGGUAAUUGGUAUUGACAAAUUAGUCCUGAACCUGUUGCAUAAAACUUGACCUUGAUUAGAACAUCCCAUCCUUUAAUCCUUUGAACCCUGAAUUAUUUGGGACGGUUGUGACCCUCGCCCUGAAUUAUUUGAAAAUAUUAAGCUUAUGAAGAAAUACAAUUAUUCUCAUGAUUCAAGCCCAGCUAUUCCAAACGGCACCUCAUUCCGCUGGUACCCUGCCUUGCCCGGCUGAUACUCUGUAGCUUCCCGUACUAACGAUAAUCUAAAAUUUUGUCUCAAAAUCACUGCUGACAGAAAUGAAAUUCACCAAUAGCUUACGCAUAGUCCAUAUAUGACUCGCUGUGUAUCAUCGCAUGAGCCUCCUUGGUAAUGGUUGGGUAGUAAAUUCUGUAAUUUUUUAUGCUAAAACCUUACAAAUAAAAACCAUUUAUCAAUGAAAAUAAAAACUGAAGUUAUCGACUGAAUAUCUCUAAGAUGACAUCAAUUUUAAAAGGUCACCUGAUAUCUAAAAACCCUUGCUUUUGAGUCAUAUGACUUGUAGCCGGUAUUCCGGCUUUUUCGGGUAUAUGCAUGUUUACGGUGAAGCCGGUAUUCUGGCUUAUCGGGUUCAAAGGGUUAUUAAUGAAUUGAUAACCAGAUCUUAUCAAGAGCUUAUUGAAAUUUACCAGUCUCACAAAUUGACUGUCAAUUGUAAGUUUUGGAAACUGAAUGGCCCAAAUUCACAAAGGUGGUUUUGAAAAUCCACGGUUGAGUCCAUGGUUUAUGCAGAUUUCCUGUAUAAAUUACCAUGGUUAGAUACGCUAUUUUAUUCAUGAGUCCACUGUUUGAAGAGUGGACUCAUGAAUAACAACAGUGGACUCAUGAAUAAAAUAGCGUGGAUAACCAUGGCAACAGGCGUCAAUUUGUCACACUGACAAAAGCAUGCAUCGGCAUUGGACAUUUUUUAUUCACUCGCUAAAUUAAGCGUAAUUUAUACAGGAAAUCUGCAUAAACCAUGGACUCAACCAUGGGUUUUCAAAACCACCUUUGUGAAUUCGGGCCAAAUUGUUGUCCAGUACAUUCCUGUGAUUUGAAUCUUAAUGUCUAUGUAUCGUAGCUGAAGAUUACUCCCAAUUCAAAUUAUAAGCAACUGGAAUUUUAUAUAUGUUGUCAAAUGUUCAACAAAAAUAUUAUUCAUUCUCAAUUUUUAACUGAUCAUCUUGAAAAUUAAGCCAGUUAUUCGUUUCUAUCAUUGAUUCAUUUUAAUUUAAAAAAAUGAAUGCAUGUGUACGUUAAUGUGUAAGAAAUUAACUUUUAUGAAUAUAUAUUAGAAAUGAAUGAAUGUUCAGUUUGUUGAAGUUUGGCAUAUUUUGGGAUUGUUUUCACAGAGGUGUUUUUUACUCUUAAAUCUAGUGUUCAAAUCCCACCAUUAUACAUUUUAAUAGAUAUGCCACACGGAUCUAAUUGUUCUCAGGCAAUAAGGCAUCAAUAUGGUUUUGAAGCAGCUUUCAGAUUAAAGUCUUCUAUGCCUUCCCUGAGCUAACACAUUUCUGUUUGCAUUAGCUUCCUAUACAAGCCCAUACUGCAAUCUUUUCAAUUGAAGUGUUUCUAAUUGUAAUUGUACAUGCAUUUUAAUGCAAAAUCUUCCAAUUAAUUUCUGUUAUUUCUAUAUGUUAUAGCUUGCCAAAUUUCUGUAUUGAUACAAGAAUUUAAAAAAAUAUGUUGAGCAGAUAUUAAUAUUCAUAAUGAAAAUAAUAAUAUUCCACUAGUACUUUGGAACCAUGUUCUUUAGUGCUUUAAAUCUUUGUUUCAAUUUAUGCACUGUCAAAGUAUCUGUAACUAAAAUCCAAUGGGUUGUAGUUUAUACAUGCAUAAAGUUCAUUUUUCCUUUCAUACUUUCGAAAUAAAGGCCUAGGAUAUUUUUUUUAUAUCCUACUUUAACAAGUUA